UCUGGACCAUGAGCUGAUUCUGGUCCUAGAGAGACCAGUCCCCUGCUCGGACCUGAUAAAUUAUAUGAACUCUAGAGAGUCGGCCCUGCAGGAACACGAGGCGAAAGCUAUAACAAAACAGCUGGUGAAUGCCCUCAUUGAAGUCCACUCCAGAGGUGUGUUCCACAGGGACAUCAAGCCGGAGAACAUUCUUAUUGAAACCGGCUCUGAUGUCCCACGUGUCCGCCUCAUUGACUUUGGCUGUGGCACAUUUCUGUCAGGGAGGAGGUACACUCUAGAAACAGGAACCUACCCCUACACCCCCCCUGAGUGGUUCCAGCGUCGGUGGUACAUGGUUGAACCAACCACUGUGUGGCAGCUUGGUGUAGUGCUGUUUGAGAUGCUGCAUGAUUACAUGCUCUUCAACAAUAGCUCUGAGAUCAUGACUGAGGAGCCUAACAUCCGUGAGGAUCUUUCCAUCAACUGCAACAGUUUUCUACAACGCUGUCUGACCAAGAGACCAGAGGCCCGAUCCACCCUCAGGAAACUUAAGAGCCACCCCUGGCUGAUGUGA